AUGUCAGGAUCCUUCACUCCCCAUGUGGGAGUCGGUAAUGCUGAGGUGCUCAGCUCCCAUUGGAGAAAAGUGAAGAGAUACAGGUUCUUCAAUCAAAGACGGGAGCGGAUCUCCAAAGGAGACUCCAGCCAGGUCAACUGGCUGAUCACCACGACUUACGCAGCAGACAAUGAAGCAUACAGCUGUGUGUACUGGAUAACGGUGCUUGGGCGACAGAUCCCAUCCAAAAGGAGCCCUCCUGUCCCAGUGCCUGUGAUGGAUCCCCUUCCCCAGCCGGUGUUGAGUGUGGAUUCCCCAUCCGCAGUAGUGAGUGAAGGGCUUCCCCUGCUCAUCACCUGUGCGGCCCCCAGGAACUCUGGUGAGCAGAGGUUUCAUUUCUACAAGGAUGAGGCCAAGAUCAUCCCCGGGGAUGCAGGGUCUGAGAUUAGCACCACGGAGCCCGGCACCGGCUCUCUGAACAUCUCUGUCCUCAGCAUUCCCUGGGCCGGUCCAAACAACAUCGGGGAAUUCACCUGCGGGUACGAGGAGAAUAUGAGCAGGAGGUGGAUCCUGUCCCGCAGGAGCUGGGUGGUGAACAUCACCAGGACAGAGAUGGGGAAUGGAUGCAAAGAGAGGGGAUACAAUGACGGAGCCAAGACCUUCCCCGAGGACCUUGUGUCUGAGGUAAACACCACAGAGUCCAGGACAUGCUCUAUGAACAUCUCUGUGCUCAGCAUCCUGUGGUCUGGCUCCCACAACACCGGAGAAUUCACCUGUGAGUAUGAGGAGAAUGUGAGUGGGAGGUGGAUCCUGUCCCCAAGGAGCUUGGCCAUGAAUGUCACAGUAUCAGCUCGUAGCUUCCUCUGGGUCCAGGAGCUGGUGGUGGGUGGCUCCUUCUUACUCAUCAAUGGCCUCAUCUUCCUCGUCUCCCACUGCUGCUUCUAG